UGGAGAUCUGCCUGAUGUUGCUACUAGUGAUAAUUCAAGGUUAUUCUUCAAUUUCGGUUUUGAAGGAACACGUCAGACCAGCACUAUUAAUGGACGUAACCUAAAACUACCAUCAGCAUCACUGGCACAGCUUGAUGCAAGUGAACUAACUGAUAUUGAUGAUAAAGAGUUUUGCAAACAAUUGGAUGAGAACAAUAAAUGCAACCGUAACAAUCAAGUAGAAGUAAUAUCUCAGGAUUGCUACUGCACUCAUGUCGUUGAUGCAGAGGCUAAUCAGUCCAUUGAAUUAGUGAUAUCAGCUACUGGACCAAACCCAAUGUCACUAGGCAACUUUCUAUUUGCUCAUCCAGUACAUCUUCAUGGUCAUUACUUUCAUGUUGUUGAUAUUCAAUUUGGUGAGUAUGACGAUAAUGGAAAACUUACCACUGGCAACAGUGAUUUAAAUUGUGGAGGUGAUACAUUAUGUGUUAAACCACGCUGGAAACCUGGUAAUGACUACUCUGCACGUAAUGAAGUGACAGGUAAAAUAAAUCCCAAAGCCCCACUGAAGGAUACUCUGUUAAUACCAGCUGGUGGGUAUGCUGUUGUGUAUUUUAAAACUGAUAAUCCUGGUUGGUGGUUCCUGCACUGUCAUAUUGAGGUACAUCAAUUGGAGGGAAUGGGAGUCAUCAUUAAUGAAGGAGGGUUUAAAACACCACCGCCUGGAGGAAUGUACAAAUGUGGAAAUUUUUCAUUGAUACCAAAUGAUUUUAAUGCAGCAAUUGCUGUCACUGCAUCACCAAUACCAGAACCAACGGUAACAACAGUAACAACAACAACAACGAGAACAGAAACAUACACAACAACAGUUCAACCAACAGGAACCAACAGUGGUGGUGGUGGUCGUCGUGGUUGUUUUCCUCCAGAUGCAGUAGUGCGUACAAGAAAUGGUCCAUUGCUGAUGAAAGAUGUUGAGAUUGGAAUGGAAGUUUUAGCUGUGAGUUCUAACCAUGAACUAGUCUAUAGUCCAGUUAUAUUGAUGUUGGAUGUUGAUGACAUUAAACUAGCAAAUUAUACUAUCAUAGAGCCAUCAGGCAAUCACAAGCUGACACUCACACCAAACCACCUUGUUCAUGCAAGUAAAACAAAUGACAUCUCAUCGUCUGUACCUAUAUUCGCUUCACAAGUGAAAAAAGGUGACAAGAUAUUUGUUGCUGAAUCUCCUGAUGUUAUUGAAGCAGUUGAAGUCGUUAGCACAUCAAGCAAAGUCAUCAAGGGUGCGUAUGCCCCACUGACAAGAGAAGGUACUGUGGUUGUUAAUGAUGUUGUAGCUUCUUGCUAUGCUGUUGUUAAUGAUCAUCAAUUUGCUCAUGCCACGUUUGGCCCAUUACGUUAUUUUUAUGAUACUUUUCACACUUCCCUCCAUAGCAAACAGAAGCAAGGGAUUGCUUGGUAUCCUUCAAUGCUCCACUCACUAGGUAAAGUAUUCCUGGAUGACAGCAACUACAAGCCAAAGAAAGUUGAAGAUCUGAUCAAGAGCAGUGACUAGUAUUUUGUAGAGUGUUUCGUAGAGUGUUUCGUAGAGUGAACUUUAAUUAUUGUUACAGGAACUUAUUAUGUAGGAGAAAAACAAAAAAUAAUAAUAAAAUAAAGAUACAAUUACUAUAGUAUUCCUUGCUAUGCAUGUGGCUUUAGCUGCAUGUUUUUUUGCUGCAUUGAUUUCAUAAUUUUUAGUUUCAUAGUUUAA